UGAUCGUAAUUCGCCGCAGUUUCAAUCUGUUGACUGAUUAGGAUUGUAGUGCGAGACGGACACUUCUCAGUUCUCUGUGCGAUAUUAGAACUAAAGUGAUAUAAGUGCUUUUGAGGUGCAAGUUAUCGAAACAACAUUGUGCUAUUUUUAUACAAAGAGCCAAAUAUUAAAAAAAAUUGUGUUCAGUGAACAAUUUUAUUGUUAUAACCUAUAUAAAUUACUUAAAGACUGCAAGAUAACUAGUUUUUGUGUCGAUUUGAAUGGUUUCAAAUUGACUUUGACGUCACUAUAAGCGACCAAUCGGUUGGUGUCAAAGACUAUGUAGUAAAUGCGUGUUAAUAAUAAUAAAGAUAUAAACAAUUAUUUUUGAAAAUAAUUAUUUGAAUGGGUACCACGUGAGUGCGUAUUGAAAAUAUGCUAUUAAAAUGUACUGCAGACGGGAGACGUAUCAAAGUGAACGGAGCGCCGGUCAUCCAAGGGAAUGUGGCGAGAGGCAUGAAAAUGACCAUGUCCACGAGCGCGACUAUGAGCGCGCGCGUCCACAGGAAGGUUAUCCGGGCGCCGCAUAAGCGCGCGCACCCGGGCAAGUAUCUACACGCGGGCAAGAUGGCGCACCCGGGCAAGAUGGCGCUCCCGGGCAUGUCGGGGAAAAGCGCGCACCAUCCGGGGAAAUUCGCGCACCUGGGGAAGUUCGGCAAGCUCGCGCAUUACGCACACACACACACGAUCAGGCCGCCGGAGCCGUGCGAGAACAGCAACGAUAGCGGCCUCGGCCCAGACCCCGUCAACAGACUGUCGGACGCGCCGGAGGAAUGGGAACAGCCAGAUACAAAGCGUCGCCGUGAAAACGAGUCGGACGUUAAAAUAGAGUGCGAAGAUGCGAAUGACGUGUACGCUUUCGCCCCCCCCGUGGCGCCCGCGCCCGGGCCGCUCGACGCUGCGCCCGCCACCCUGCCUGUACCCGCGAUACGAGCGGGAUGCAGCAUAUCUAGUCCAAUAAUAACCGACUCCAACAAUAGGUUCCAAGAGCCGGCGUACCGGUCGUGCGGGAAGCUCGGUAGCACUGGCAAGCUGGCUAGCAAGUACGUGGCGGAUGGGAAGCUGGGCGGCAAGCUGGGGGGCAAGCUUGGGGGCAAGUACGGGGGCAAGCUGGCGCAGGCGCUCGCAAGGCGGAGAGCGCUGGCCUCCAUGACGCAGACCGGCCCGCCCGGCCUCGCCGCGCCGCUGUCCAGCAAGUCCAAGGACGGCACUGUGGAGCUGCAGAUACUGUGCCAGCCGGAGUCGCAGCACAGAGCGAGAUAUCAGACGGAGGGUAGCAGAGGAGCAGUGAAGGACAAUUCAGGGAAUGGAUUUCCGAUAGUGAAGCUAGUCGGCUAUGAUAAGCCAGCAGUUUUACAGGUGUUCAUAGGGACGGACACAGGGCGGGUGGCACCUCACAUGUUCUACCAAGCGUGUCGGGUGUCCGGCAAGAACUCGACCCCCUGCAAGGAGCGGAAGGAAGAUGGCACCGUCGUCAUCGAGAUAGACCUGGAGCCGGCCAAGAACUGGCAGGUCACUUGCGACUGCGUGGGGAUCUUGAAGGAGCGCAACGUGGACGUGGAGCACCGGUUCGGCGAGGCGCUGGGCGCGAGCGGCGCGGCGGGCGCGCACGCGGCGCGCGGCAAGAAGAAGUCCACGCGCUGCCGCAUGGUGUUCCGCACCGAGAUCGUGGACGCCGCCGGCCGAGCCGAGACGCUGCAAGUCUGCUCCACGCAGAUCAUAUGCACCCAACCGCCCGGAGUACCAGAGGUCUGCCGAAAGUCUCUCGUCUCUUGUCCAGCCACCGGCGGUCUCGAGCUGUACCUGCUGGGAAAGAACUUCCUUAAGGAGACUCGGGUGGUGUUCCGUGGCCAUCAUGAGGGCAGGACUUGGGAAGAGGAGGUGGUGCCGGAUAAGGAGUUCUUGCAACAGACGCACCUAGUGUGCUGCGUGCCGGCGUUCGCGCGCACGGACAUCGCGGAGUCCGUCGGCGUGCAAGUGUUCGUCCGCUCCGGCGGCAAGGCGUCCGAGCCGCACGCGUUCCUCUACACCCCGCCCGCGCUCGACACCGGCCCGCUGCACUGCACGCGCCACCACGCGCACCCCGCGCACCCCGCACACCCCGCGCACCCCACAGGUGAGGAGCGCGAGGCGCGACCCGUGGCGUGGUGGGGCGUGGCGGGCGCGGCGGGCGCGGGGGGGCUCGGCGCGCUCAUGCCGCCCCCCGCCCCGCCCGCGCGCCGCCCCUCCGUCAUCCUGCCCGACCCGCACUCGCCGCUCGGCCUCAAGAGCGAGGUCGCGGACGAGUCGAGCCAGCACUCCGCGGAGGGCGACGAGCGCGACGAGCUGCCGCCCGACAACCUCGCCGGCAUGGACUUGCGCCUCAAGUCCGAGAACACGCAGCACCAGGUCAGCUUCGUCAGCGGCUUCGACUCCAUAAAGCUAUCCCCCUCCACAUCUUCGCAGAGCGAACCGCAAUCUCCUAAAGCGUUUUUCACACAGACCCUCCAAGCGAUUCAGAACCAGGUGCAAACCGAUAAGAUGGUGGAAUCCGUCACCGCGGCGAUCUUCAACUCGGACAAUGGCGGCCAGAUAUACGUAGACCCACCCAUCAUGCCGAUGGCGCCCAUGGAUCCCAUGCGGCAACUCAUCUCCACUAAGACUCAAAUGGAUCCCUUGGAGACCGACAUGAAGGUGCUCAAUUCAGAAAUGAUGAUGACCGACUCGGCCAUGCAAAAUACCGUCUUGCAAUCGACGACGGAGCAGAGGCUCAUGGUGUACAACCAAGUCCAGCAGAAUGGAGAAGGAACGUACAAUCCAUUUGGAGCGAUGACAAAAAUGGAAGCGUCGCAGAUCGAACAGAGACUAGCUCAGCAAAGCGCGCAGAUGACGGCACUAGUGGAAGAUGCGAUGAAAGCGACAGCCGCCAUCUUGCCCUCAGACGCUGCCAAACUUGACGAGCUCGUUAACUCGCGAGUGGAGGACCACCUGUCUGGCUCCGCCACGUCUCCGUCCACGGCGUCCCACGCGUCAGAUGUCCUCCUCAGUCCAAACGCGGCCGUGGUUCAGCGCAACUCCGCCGCUGAGCUCCUUCCCCCCAUGCCACCCUCUACAAUCCCACCCGACGUAAUCCUCAACCCUCAAGUGUCCCCCAGCCUGCUUUGCGAAAACAACCAAAGGAUGCACAACCCUCUAGUUGUCUCCUCCGGUCCGACGCAGGAAGACCUGAUGAUGAUACCAGAUAUUCCGACGUCUGUCAAAACUCCACCCGCGGCCGUAAAGUCAAUGAUAUUAAAUGCAGCCGCAGAAAUAUUGACCUCUGAUUCUACUAUGAACGCGCUCGUCAAGUCCGCGAUCAGCACGGCCAAUAUAUUCAGUAACGAGAACGUCGGAGGGCCCGGAGGGAUGCAGACGACCGACGCGCAGCCUCCCGCAGAGCCCAACGCGGAGACGCCGCUGGAGGCCAUGUCGCAGGCCGUCAGCCAGGCCGUCACUCAGGCCGUCAGUCAGGCCGUCAGCCAGGCGGUCAGUCAGGCUGUCAGUCAGGAGAUGACGGCGCCCGUGCAGGGACUUACCGACAUGAGUGACCAGGAUCUACUCUCGUACAUCAACCCUUCGACCUUCGACCAAGUGUGAAGGCGGCUCCUUAGCUCGUGACUACGGCCUGUGUCGGCUUGCGUUCGCGUAACAUAGUGACGUGUGAGGGCUCAAAGCAGUUUUUAUGUGAAUUUUUAAUAAACGUCACUUACGUACGACUCCGACUAUAAUCUCUCAGUGCGUGUGAAACAAAAUGAUUCUCAUAUUUUUAAAAGUAUAUAUGAAUUGGUGCGUUUGCGUGUCAAUUAUUUCAAGUGAGUCAGUAUUACAGGGCUAAUCGAGUUAUGAGAAAUCGUGACAAACAAGAAUGUCAAUUUCACAAUUGGUACUAUCCAAGUGACCGAACGAACAACAUGGAGAUUUCAUUCGUUCUUUAUCGGUGUUGCUGCAUCGUCGUUGCUAUUAGAAAAUUAUGUAUGUAUAAUUGUGUUGACUAUGAGAUGUGUAUUUUGGUAAAGUUGAAAUAUUUCGAAUUUUAUGUAAAUAAUGGAUAGCUUUGUAUUUAUGUUAUAUGUUGAUGUGUUGAAUGCUGACGCGUGGUUUACAGUCUGUUGAUAAUCAUUCCGAUACUCGUCAUAUAAACAACCAUUGUUACAUUAAUUUAUAAUUGGCCGUAUUUAGUUUCGGCAAAUUGUAACGAAUAACACCGCCAGUAUAAACUAACGAAUAGUGUAAUUUUUUAUAACAAAUAUACACGAAACUAUUUUAUACAUUUCAAUAUUUUUUAUGAUGUUUACCACGCACAAUUGGUAUUAUAAACUCGAGGUAUUUUUAUAAAUCGGCUUUAAUAUACAAAAUUAAUAAAAAUCCAUUCAAAGAUGCACACAGAAUGUAGACGCGUAGAUAUAAGUGAAGUAAUUGAGCAUGAGUUUAUUUUUUAAGAAACAGUACUGAGAUCUUAUUAUCGCCCCUUACUUCGCGAUGGACCGCGCGAGAUUAGGACUUAUAUCGCAAUAAGAGGUGAUGUUAAGGCCUUUAAGUAAAUAGAGCAAACGGUAAUAUAUAAUUAUAUAACGAUGUUCAUUUUUAUAGCUAAAGUCGAAUGCUACAUAUUAAAUGUGCCAUUGUAUGUUAUCUAGAACUAAGAUAGGUACGUGUUAGUAAUAUACGCGAAUUAUUUGGUGUUAUUAGACGUAAUUGUUUUGGCCGACAUAACAGCUGCUACUUUCAAAUUGUCAAUUUGACAUUAUUCGAUCAAACGUUCAUUCUCGUACAUUCACACAAUUCUAUAUGUUUACCUACUUAUCUUUUGCUUUGUUCAUUUCUUUAGAUUAAAAAAAAUAAACAUUUCCACAUUCAAACGAAACAAAAUUGUAUUAAGCGUUGAAUCGAAUAAUGUAUAGUGUUUUAUCAGUGUUUUGGUAUUAAAUGAAAUGUUAUGAACAUAAAACAACGCCAAGCAAAGGGCUAUAUAGAAGGUGACGUGCCUUUCAAAAUAUGUAAUGCGACAAGUUUCAACUGCUUAACGUACUAAUCAUAAUAAUUGUCAUGUUUGACCUAACAUUCCGAAUUAACACGAUAUAUUGCCAAAAAAUUUAAAAUAUUAAGUACGUUAAAUCAGUUUGACGGUGUCGUCUUUAUUCUCUGUCAUGGGGACCAUAUCAAACAAUAUAUAAUAAAUAUACAAAUGAAAUAUACACUUAUUGCCAAAGUUAUAUAGAAUAUAAACUUUUGGAUCUUAUAGCUUAUUAAAAUAUAGUUAUUUCUAUUUAUAGGAAAUACGGAUUGUUAAACUAUUAUGUUUUUUAUAUACGCACGUCAAGUGGUUCGUCGCACGGGAGAUAUUAAUUAUGUUAUAUAUGAACAAUUUUUUACUGUUAAUAUUAAACGAUUCGUAUUUACAAAUCAAUUUUUGUUUGCUAUAGAUGUAAUUUAUCAGAUAAAUGUAGUAUGAAAUGGUUACGUCAAGUCGAUUAAAACUGACAUCACAUAUUGUAUUAGGAUAGAUCAGUCUUCCAUAUUUCGUUGAAAAGGCACAAAACAACGCAUUUAACAACGAAUCGAGUACUUUGUUGGUAAUUUUACUUGUAUAAGUUUACAGUGCAGUUAUUGUAAAGUUGGCGGUGGUUUUGUGUCACAUACUGAGCUGGUUUGGACGAAAUUUUAUAUUUAGAAAGAAAUUUUUGAAAAGUUCAUAACAAAUAUAUGCAUUAGGAUAUAGAUAUAAAUCCUACAGUGGUGGAGUUCGUGACACAAAAGCAACGCCUGUUGUAAAUCUCAACACGGGCAAGCCACGCUCUGCGUCGCUUCGAUCUCUAGUCGGUCUAAAUCAAUGCAACUUGCCGAAGUUACGAUCAUGUAUGUUAUUUGUUUGAUGUAAUUGAAUAAAUGUUAUGAAAAGUU